CAAAAACUUGUUAGUGAUACACUUCAGAAUAGUAAACGAGAAAAGCUGAGGCGUAUUGAUAGGAGUCUUACUUUUCAAUACAAGGAAGUUGAAAAAUGGAUCACCCAGCGUUCGCUGAGGCCGGAGCUAACCCGGGUAUCGAAAUUUGGACCAUAGAGCAAUUCGAACCAGUAGCAGUUCCUUCAAAAUCCUACGGAAAAUUCUAUAAUGGGGAUUCAUACAUAGUUUUAAAAACAUCCGGACAGAGUAAUGCCACUUUAAGUUAUGAUGCCCACUUCUGGCUUGGAAGUAAAACAACCCAGGAUAAGAAAGGAUCAGCUGCCAUCUGGACUGUUACCUUGGACGAUAUGUUGGGCGGAAAGGCAGUCCAUCACAGAGAGGUCCAGGGCCACGAGUCCAGCAAGUUCCUGGGGUAUUUUAAACCUGCGAUAAGGUACAUGGAAGGAGGUAACGAAUCCGGUUUCACUGAAGUGGAAACUAACGCGGGCGCUGAAAAGAGACUGCUCAAACUCUCAGGAUGUGAGAACAUGAGGAUUGAGGAGGUACCAGCAGAUUCCUCAUCCCUCACCAAAGACCAUUGCUUCAUAUUGGAAGUGGACCAUGACAUAUUCGUGCUGAUGCCCGAAGGUGCCAAGGCUACUCAAAGGAGGAAGAUCAUCAGCGUGGCCAAUCAACUGAGGGACGACAACCACAAUGGACGGGCUACUAUUGAAAUCAUUGAUGAAUUCUCCUCGGACGAAGACUUUGACUCCUUCUUCCAAGCUCUUGGAUCAGGAUCCAAAGACGAAAUCGCUAGUGAUGAUUCUGGCACAACUUAUUACCGUGACGAUAUUUCUGCAGUCUACCUGUACCGUGUUAUGCUCGGCGAUGACUUCGACGUUGUGGCUCUUAAUAAACCAUACAAGCAAAGCCAUUUGACAUCUGAUGAAGUCUUUAUCCUGGACACUCCAUGCUCUGGAGUUUACAUCUGGAUCGGUUCUGAAGUCAGCUCUGAUGUCAGGAAGGCUUAUCAUGACAUUGCCAACCAAUACUUCGAAGCCAAGAAUUAUCCUUCAUGGGUUAACGUGACGAAGGUUUCUGAAGGCUCUGAAUGUUCCACCUUCAAGCAGUACUUCAUCAGCUGGAACACCGUCAUCACCAGAAGUAUGGGACCUAUCUCUGACUCUGAUGCUGGUUACGACUCUGAUGAUGCGGAACAGACCCAGAAAGUUGCGCAGUAUAUCGGCAAGAGUGCGGCAGCGAGAGAAUAUAUGCCUGAUAAUGGUGAAGGAUCUCUUACUGUGACCAGGGUUGGAGAUGGUGCCGACGUGACGGAAGAAUUUACCUCCGGCUGUGGUAUGCUUUACCAGAGCGACGCUUACGUGGUCAAGUACCAAUAUACUGAAGAGGAUGGAGAAGACGCGUACAUCAUUUAUCACUGGAUCGGUUCCAAAGCAUCCGCUGAUGACAAGCAGGCCGGAGCUGAACUGGUCUCUCAGCUGGAAGAGGAACUUGGUGACGACGCGGCUGUGGUGAAGGUACCUCAAGGAAAGGAACCACGCCACUUCCUCAGUAUCUUCAAAGGAAACUUGGCCAUCGUGUUUGGAGGCAAAGACACGGAGUACAAGCCUACUAAUGCUAGAGGAAAUUAUGAAGACAACAGUAUUCGUCUAUUCAGGGUGGAAGGCACGGACCUGAGUGACAUGCGCGCCAUCCAGGUCGGAGAAACGGCUGAUAAUUUGGAAGACGACGAUGUCUACGUGUUGGAAUUAGCUGAUAUAGUAUACGUUUGGAUUGGCAAUGAAUCAAAUGACAAAGAGAAGGCUGCUGUCAAAACCUUCGUCAAAAUGCUGGUGGGAGAAGACAAAGAGAUCACUACGAUUGAACAAGGAUCCGAACCGCCGGAGUUCUGGGAGACUUUGGGUGGUGAGCCAGAAGAAAAGAGCGGUUCUGGCUGGAGGAACGCAGUUAACCGCCGAGUGACAACACCUCGCACUCUGACAGCUGUCAACGUCAGCGUUACUAAGAAAAUUACCUUCGAAGAUCUAGACACAGAAUUUACUCAACAGGAUCUGUCUGAUGAUGGAGUGUACAUUCUGGAUACCGGUGAAGAGCUUUACCUGUGGCAAGGAAAGAAGAUUCCUGAGCGCGUCAAGAUGGCCAGAAGCGAUAUAAUCAAGGAAUACAUAGAAGAUGACGGCUUGGACCGUACGGUGGACAAUGCUCUGGUGGUCUUUGUGAAGCAAGGAGAGGAACCAGGAGUGUUCAGGAAGCUGUUCCCAGAGUGGGACAACGAUAUGUGGGAUAAUCAAACAUCCUACGAAGAUAUCAAGAACGAAACGAAGGCAGCUAAUUCUAAGUGAAAAGGACAACAAAAUAUUAUUAUCUAAAUAUAAUCCUAGUUUACCCAUCCUUCCCCUUAUCCCUAAAUUUCCAAAACCCAUCAUCAUCAUCUGGUGUUGCCAUGGGCGGCGCUGAUUGCUUACUAUCAGGUAAUCAGAGGGCCCAUCUGCCGUAAUAUCAAAUAAAAAAAAACGGCCCACAUCUUUGUCUGCGGCUCAGAAUACAGAACAAACCAGAAUCCGCGUUCACUCAUAAUUACAUGUCGUCAAAUGUGUCCAAAAACAAUACGUCAAUCCCCCCGCCAGCCGCACUUCCCACCCGCGUAGUGUUGCCGACAGUGGAACAAUUCCCUUGGUUUGGGGUGAUUUUACAACAGGAGGGUAAGAUACGAGUAAACCCAACAAAAUAGGUAAACUUACGAUAAAUGCAACAGACUAGUUGUUCACACAUUUCAU